AUGUGCAUAUGUAUAAAUUGUAGACAUGUUAAUCACUGUAGUACGUACAAGUUUAUCCAAAAACAACACAAACAAUAUUCAUCAAAAACUAAAAUUAUUUUUUUACCUAUCAAUACAUUAAUAAAAGUCAACAUUAAUCAAUCUCUCUAUGGAUCUAAAUUUGACUGGGAUUUAAUAGAAUGUUUAUCAUUUAUAGAAAAACCAGGAAAUUGGAUGUAUGCGUCUACAUAG